GUUACGACUAGUACCUCGAUGCUUUGCCGAAAAUGGCGCCCGUCACCGGAAGUUGUCUCACCCUCGUGCGCUCUACUUCCUGUUCGCGUAGAAAGAACUGGAGCACCCCUCCUUCUCUCAGACUUUCAUGGUCCAAGAUGGCGUCACCUGCUUCUUCCCAGGCGGCGUCGGCGGAGAGUUUUUUGGGCUUCGGCCCCAACUCGCGUGACCCGGGCCGGCUCCCUUCGCGGCGGGCCGGUGGUCUGGGUGCUAGGAACCGCAAGAAGGGCUGGAAGCGCUGGCGGGGGCCGGAGGCCAAGCUGGGCCGGGAGCUCGGAGACUGGCUGGAGGAGAAGGCAGCCGAACUGCGGAACUUGGGAGGGCCAGUGUCAGAGAAGCCAAAUGAAAGCCUAUUCUUUGUAGACGUCAGCAGUAAAGAAAAAGGCCAAAACCGGAAGUGUGGCAAAGAAAAACCGUUGAAGAUUGACAUGAUCCUACAGCCUGAUUCCAAAGUGCCUCCACCCAAAGACAUCCUCGCCCACCAGGUCCCCAACGGCAGGAAACUGAAACGGAAACAGCGGCUCUGGGAGAAGCUGGCAGACAAAGGCGUUGUGCCCCGGAAAGAGCGCCUCCUUCAGGAGAGGUUGCGGAAAGCACCAGCGGUGAAAGGCAGCUCCACGGAAGCAGACAGUGGCACCAAUCCCUCCAGGGGGUUCUAUGAUAUUUGGUCAGACUCAAACCCACUGGAUGAAGCCCUGGCCGGGAAGGAUACCUGGUUCCUGGAGCAGACCAAAAAACAGCCUGUGAAGCGCCCAGAGAGGCUGAAGAAGGCUCCAUCCCAGCUACCAGCUGUGGAGGUCAUCUCCCCAGGAGGGUCUUACAAUCCCAGUUUCCAAGCUCACCAGGCACUCCUCCUCCAAGCCCAUGAAAUGGAGCUGAAGAGGCAGAAGGCAGUGGAGAGACUGGAACGUCAGCUGAAUUUUCCCACAGCAGCUGAAGCCCCCACCCAGGAGACAGUGUUCAAGGAGCAGUGCGAAGGACUCCUGGAGGAGGAGUCAGACGAGGAAGGGAGGCAGGAAAGCCCGUUGGAGCCGCAGGAGGAAGAGCCGCAGGCAGACUCCACUCCUCCACCUCGUUUUCCCCAAGCAGCGGCAGGAGAAAAGAAAACAGAGCGGCAGCGGAAGAAGGAGAAAGAGGCCAAGCGGCUGAAAACCCGGGAGUUGGGCAAGAAGGCAGCCCGGCUCCGGCGGCAGGAGCUGUUCCAGCUGCGCUCUCUCCGGCUGCAGGUGAAGCAGCGGGAGGCGGAGUUGUUGUGCCGGAAACGAGCACGGGAGGCCAAGCGGGAGGCAGAAGCCAACAAGCCCAGGCGGCUGGGCAAGCUCAAGUACGAAGAUCCUGACCUGGAUGUGCAGUUGAGCGCUGAACUGGCUGAGUCUCUAAGGACGCUGAAGCCUGAAGGCAGCAUCCUGAGGGACCGGUUCAAGAGCCUACAAAAACGCAACCUCAUAGAGCCAAGAGAACGUGCAAAGUUCAAAAGGAAAUACCGCCUGAAAUAUGUUGAAAAACGUGCCUUCCGGGAGAUCACGUUAUAGAGCAUGGAUUGCACCAGAUAAUCCAGGAGCGCACCUUGUCCCCCACUUUUUAUUAAAACUCCAUAAGCCACACCCAGUCUGUACCUUAUUUCCCCCUCUUUGUUUUCCAGUUGGUCUUGAGUAUGCAGACAAAGGAUGUAACCCUUCUUCAUUGUGGGAAGAAGCCCAAUCAGUCAUCUUCAGCCCACUGCUGGCCCACAAGUGGACAGUCCUUCCUAGGCCCAUUUACUUUCUACUCUUUGAAAGAAAAAGAAACUGUAUGCCAUGAAAA